AUGUCGCGGUUCUCGGUCGGCGGUAGUCGGCUUUGUCGGUCGGUCGUUCGAGGCGCGUCGGCGUCGGCGCCGGUACGCGGAAUGAGCUCGCCGCUCGGGUGCCCGCCGUCGCGGCGCCCACCCGUCCCGGUAUUUCCGACGCUGGCUUCGGAAGCGCUGACCGCGGUCUGCGCGGAUGCCGUCCGCGAAGGAUCUCACCCGAAAGCCGGGCCGCGUGCCGGCCGCGCUGGCGUCAUCGCGCCCCCCCGUCCCCCGCGCGCCGCAAGGUCAAGGCGCGCUCAUUGUUCCCGCACCGCUCGUACUAGCAAAUGCACGGCUUUGGAGUCGUCACUACUUGUGGCAGAGGAUAGGAGCCGUGCACCAAGCCGCUAUCGAUCCCGCGAUGUUGCCCCCCCGCUGCCAAGGCAACGCGCCGUAACCAACGGCAACGGUUUGACGCAACCGCAAUUUAGAGAUAUUAUUGAUGUAGAUAUUCUGCGAGAUAAACGAAUUCCGAAACAGUCGAAACCAGAUGUCCCUUUAAUUUUGUUCGCGUUGCAAAGCGGAGGAUCGUGGUCGCAAUCCGAUGUCGUAAUUUCGGAUGAGACGGUGCCCCGGCUGGUGAAACUGGGGCGUGUCGGGCGAGCUUUUAGAGCGCUCUCGUGUUCGCCGCUCACACCG